UUAGCCCGAUACAUGCGAAUCUACGAUGAUGUGCCGGUAAAUGAACGAUCACCGACGUCCACUCUCACCACUGAUAUGUGUGCAUCGUCACCCACGUCGAGCAUCGGCACGCAAUGUCCCAUCUACGAAAACGUAAACGAUUUCGCUCCACUAGCUGCCCGAUACAUCGGAUCUACUUCUCCACCUUUUGAGCGGUCCCAAAGGUUGAACAUCGACUUCAUCAACCACAUACCACCACCUCCGUUGUCAAAUAGUGAUCUGGACAAGAGCUCCUCAGACUAUGGCAGCAAUCGCCGUUCGAAACGUCCACUAGACAUGCGGCCACUUUCACUGCCGGCAAGCGAGCGGAAACGCCUUGAGCGGAAAUCGCACAAUGUGCUGAUCGCAGUCGUUGGGAGUACUGUAAUCUGCAUGACGAUGUUCGCCAUCGCCGUCUGGUACUACUACGCCGAUAUUCAGAAGCACUUGCGGAGCCUGUCGAACUCGCUUUGACUUCUGGUGAAACUCGCAGUCGCUUUCCAAGCAGCC